AUGUUUUACAAUUUAUUUUUUUGUUUACUUUGCAAAAGCAGUGAUGCUGAUCCGAUGUGGCACGAUGAUGUUUUUGGUUGGAUUUUGUCAGGGCAUAUAACUUCUACAAACCCAAUGCACUGUUUGUCGGCAACAGCAAGCACACUCGAUCCAAUCCAAAGGCAAGUUCAAAAAUUCUGGGAGCUAGAAGAGGUUAUACGGUCGUCGCCAGUUCAAGGGUUUUCAACGGAAAUAAAAAGAUGUGAAGAACAUUUUCUAAAAACCUAUCGGAGAGAGGAGAAUGGUCGUUUCACAUUAGAAUUACCGUUUAAAGAAAAUGUAAGGCAGCUGGGAGAAUCUCGAGUGAUGGCGGAAAUACGGUUUUAUACGAUGGAACAAAAAAUUGAUAAAAAUAAAUAUAAAUCGGGAGAUAUUUUGUAUUGGAGAUCAUUUUGA